AUGACCGACGCCCAGCCCGAAAUGAAAAUCGAUCCGGCGAGAGCGAAGGCUCUCAUUUCCCAAUUGCAGUCCGUGCAGGAGCGCGUCGCCGCCGCCGCCUCGGGGCGGAAUGUCCGGCUGGUCGCCGUCUCCAAGCUGAAGCCGGCCAACGACAUCCUGGCGCUUCAUCAGGCGACACCGCCGCAGGUGCAUUUCGGCGAGAACUACGCGCAGGAGCUGGGGCAGAAGGCGGAGAUGCUGCCGAGGAGCAUCCAGUGGCAUUUCAUCGGCGGAUUGCAGUCGACACACGCCAAGAAGCUGGCCAAGAUCCCGAACCUCUUCUGCGUCUCCAGCGUGGACACUCUCAAGAAGGCACAGCUUCUUAACGCCUCGCGCGCGGAGCUUAUAUCGUCGUCAUCCUCCUCCUCCCCCGAACAGGCGGUGGAGCCCCUCGGCGUGCACGUGCAGGUGAACACGUCGGGCGAGGACUCCAAGUCGGGCGCGGCGCCGGGCGCGGAGACGGUGGCGCUAUGCCGCGCCGUGGAGGAGGAGUGCCCCGCGCUGCGGCUGCUGGGACUGAUGACCAUCGGAGCCAUCGCCCGGAGCCGGGCGACGACGGCGGAGAACGAGAACGAGGACUUCCUGUGCCUGCGGGCGCAGCGAGACCUGGUGGCCGCGGAGCUCGGGCUGGGGCGGGAGCUGGAGCUGAGCAUGGGUAUGAGUGAGGAUUUUGAAGGGGCCGUGAAGCUGGGUAGUGGGGAGGUGAGGGUCGGCAGCACGAUCUUCGGGGAGAGGGGGCCGAAGAACGAGGCUAAGAUUCUGGUUUGA